CUCCAAGCAAAGCAAAGCCGACCCGUCUUUUAGCUGUGCAGUCGAACCUCUCGUCCUCCGAUCCGUCCGCAAACUCGAACCCACCUCUCGAAACCCUAACCAGCGCCUCCUUGCGAUGGCGGCUGCCACCACCGCUCCGGCCCCCCCUGCGGCCACCCCGAUGGCGCCCCCGCCAUCCUACCCGGCCUCAUCCGCGGCCUCCGCCUCCACCACUGCGUCCGCCGAGGACGACGACGACCUCUACGGCCGCCUCAAGUCGCUCCAGCGACACAUGGAGUUCGUUGAGAUCCAGGAGGAAUACGUCAAGGAUGAGCAGAAGAACCUAAAGCGCGAGCUGCUCCGCGCGCAGGAGGAGGUCAAGCGGAUCCAGUCCGUGCCGCUCGUCAUCGGCCAGUUCAUGGAGAUGGUCGACGGCAACAACGGCAUCGUGGGCUCCACCACGGGCAGCAACUACUACGUCCGGAUCCUCAGCACCAUCAACCGCGAGCUGCUCAAGCCCUCGGCGUCCGUCGCGUUGCACCGCCACUCCAACGCGCUCGUCGACGUGCUGCCGCCCGAGGCCGACUCCAGCAUCUCCCUGCUCGGGUCGUCGGAGAAGCCCAACGUCACGUAUAACGAUAUUGGAGGGUGCGACAUCCAAAAGCAAGAAAUACGGGAGGCGGUUGAGUUACCCUUGACACAUCAUGAGUUGUACAAGCAGAUUGGUAUUGAUCCUCCAAGAGGUGUGCUUCUGUAUGGUCCUCCAGGUACUGGCAAAACCAUGCUUGCCAAAGCAGUGGCACAUCACACUACUGCUGCUUUUAUAAGAGUCGUCGGUUCGGAGUUCGUACAGAAGUACUUGGGUGAGGGACCUAGAAUGGUUCGUGAUGUGUUCCGUUUGGCUAAGGAGAAUGCCCCAGCAAUCAUUUUCAUUGAUGAGGUUGAUGCUAUUGCAACUGCCCGGUUCGAUGCUCAGACCGGUGCCGACCGAGAAGUUCAGCGUAUCCUUAUGGAGCUACUUAAUCAAAUGGAUGGGUUUGAUCAAACAGUGAAUGUGAAAGUUAUAAUGGCAACUAACCGAGCAGAUACUCUAGAUCCUGCACUGCUGCGUCCUGGUAGACUUGACAGGAAAAUUGAGUUCCCUCUUCCUGACCGACGUCAGAAGAGGCUUGUUUUCCAGGUCUGCACUGCCAAAAUGAACUUGAGUGAUGAGGUUGAUUUGGAAGAUUAUGUUUCCAGACCUGACAAGAUCAGUGCUGCUGAUAUUGCUGCUAUCUGUCAAGAAGCUGGCAUGCAUGCUGUCCGUAAAAACCGGUAUGUCAUCCUCCCCAAGGACUUCGAGAAGGGGUACCGGACCAAUGUGAAGAAGCCAGAGACAGACUUCGAUUUCUACAAAUGAGGCAACAUGAGUGUUGAACUGUUUCAUGUUUAUCACUUGUAUCCUUUAGCAUCAGGGUUGAAAUUCUGGAUUGUUGCCUAUUGUCACAAUUCAUGUUGUUUCUCAAUGGUGAUGUGAUACUUUGCCUGCCGCAAUGUUCACGUACCUUAAAAUUGUACUUGCUGACAAAGUAUUAGUGGCUGCACUCGUUGUGACCCUAAAUUGUCGUGUACCUUAUCUGGUACAAGUAAUUCCUUUUGUCAUGUGUACAGGCGGUUGAGGUGAUUUGAAAGUAGAUAACGAAUUUAAGA